AUGUAUCGUGAAUCACCUAUAAAAUCAGAAUCACCCGUAAAAACAAAAUAUAUAGAUCUUGCAAAAACCAAUCUCAAGUUUGCCAAAUGUGCGUUCGAAAAGUUAAAAGAUGAAAAUUUGCAUGCUAGAAAGUUAUGCACUAGAGGAUUAGAAGUAACAAAAGAUAGUCAAAAGUUUUUAGAAGAAAUCACGAGAUUGAUGUUUCCCAACAGUUCUUAUCCUGAAGAAUGUUUAAAUGAAAAUGUAAACAAUGAUAAUAAAAUUGUCAAUUGUAAAUUUCAAAAAUUCAUCGAAGAGUCCAUAAUUUUUCGAAAUUUUGAAAAUAAAUUAUGGGAAAUUGAUCUUUGUGUCAAUUUUAGUAAUUAUGAUGAUAAUGUUGAGGCAGAGGUCGCUUAUAGAAUAGAUGUGAUAAAUAGUAUGAUUAACGAAUUAAAAAAUUCAAUUAAAGACUGGCAAACCCAACAAAAGAGGGACUGGAGAACAAUUAGAUCUAGAGCCAUGGCCUUCGUACGGUUUCUUUCGAUUGGAAGACAACUUGCUUGUGAAAUUCCUGAAAGUGAGCUUUCAGAUGGUGGAUUAGUUAGAGGAAGUAAUGAUCAUAUAGUUCAACGAAAUUAUAAAGCUGCAGCAGAGACUAGUGAUAAUGGUAAAAUUUUGAUACGUAAAGUUGCAGAAAAGACUACUAAUAAAAGUUUAAAUGAGUUGAAGAAAGAAAUUAAUUUUAUGCGCGAACUUUGUGAAUGUUCCAAUAUUCUUAAAUUUGAUUUCUCCGUAAUUUCAGAAUGGGCUAAUUAUAAUUUGCAAGAUUACCUUAAUCAACGACGUUGUUUAGAUCCGGCUGAAAAACUAUCAAUUGCCCGCGGAAUUGCUAAUGCAUUAAAAUAUUGUCAUGAAAAGGAUAUUUUGCACUAUGAUAUUAGACCUUCCAAUAUAUUGCUAAAUGAAAAUUUGCAACCUAAACUAUAUAAUUUUCGAAGUAAUGAGGAAUCUACAUCGUUACCGAUUAGUAUUUUAAGGUGGAGUUCACCAGAAAGAUUGCGCGGUGAAUACGAAAAAGCCAGUGAUGUAUACAGUUUCGCACUAGUUAUGUGGGCUAUUGAGCAUCAAAAAACGCCCUUUAUUACCUUAACUUCAAAGGAACAAAUCAAAAGCCAAAUACUUAAAAACAAUAAACGCCCAGAACUCACUGCCGUAGACGGUAUACCAGUCGAAUACAAUGAAAUUAUUAAAAAAUCUUGGAAUCAUGAUCCUUCUGUACGUUAUGAUAUGAAGAAAAUUUCAGGACUCUUGGAUAAACUAGACCUUGAAAAAUUCUCUAGCCAGGAUGAUAAUGAUUAUUUUGAUUUUAUCAACACAAAUAUCGAUAUGAAUCAGUCAACGUCGUCUAAAUCUGAACAAAUAGAACAGGGUAUUGAACAUCAUAAAAAUAAGAGAUAUGAAAAUGCAUGGAAAAUAUUUAAUGAUUACUGUAAUCAUAAACCUGAAGAUCCUUAUGCAAAUUUUUGGGUGGGCUUUUAUUACUUUAAAGGACAUUAUGUUGAGCCGAACCUUCAAGAAGGAAUGAAAUUCCUUAAAAAAGCUUCCGAGUUACAUCAUACGGAAGCACAAUAUUGGUACGCAUUGGCAUUGUUAAAUAGUUCUGAUGAGUUUGAGGGAGAUGGAUAUGAAGUCGCAAUGAAAUAUUUAAGAAUAUCCGCAUCGUUGAAUGAGAGAGCAUUGAAGGUUCUGGGAAGAAUUGUACAGACUGGAAGUUAUGGUCAAAAAGCAAAUUACCUUGUAGGAAAAGCGAUGAUUGAUAAAGCUCUUAAUAUGAGAAAUACAAGUAUAAAUUAG